GCCCGAGCUCCAUCACUUCUGGUUUCCAACCCUCCAACCCACCUUCCGCCGGUAUCAUUUGAUUCGCUCGCCCCACGGAUUGUGCUACCUUCCACGCUCGGUACUUACCAUGGAUUCUCCCGUCAGGGAAAGCGAGCUCAUGGCUCUUGACGAGCCGUCACGCUCCCGAUCCCGAACACCCAACUCGCCCCGUUCCAGAUCGCCCUCGCCAGCCAUGGGGCGCCGCCGUUCCAACGACCGAGACGGUCAUGCGCGCUCCCCAGCAAGGGAUGACAAAUACCGUAGCCGCAGCUAUAGCCGCGGUCGCACCACGAGCCGCACACCAAGCCGCAGUCGCACCCGCUCCCGGAGCGACUCGCGUGGCCGAAGCUAUAGUCGGGAUGAAACCCGUUCGCGCAGCAGGACCCGUAGUGAGAGUCCUCUCGCGAAGUCUACAAAGAUUGUCGUCGAGCGGUUGACCAAGAAUGUCAACGAGCAGCACCUCCGCGAGAUCUUCGGCCACUACGGCGACAUUGACGACCUCGAUCUUCCGGUCAAUAAACAAUCCAAAACGAACCGCGGCACAGCCUACAUCCUCUACUUCAACGAGGCCGACGCUCAGGCUGCCAUCACGCACAUGCACGAAGCCCAACUCGACGGCAGUGUUAUUAACGUGUCGAUUGUUCUCCCACGCCGCAAAGUCUCGCCCUCCCCCCCAGUAGCUCGCCGUGGUCCCCGCGGUCCCCCGGCCAACGUCAGGUCUGUCCUUGGACCCUCUGGUGGCGGGCCUCCCGCGGGUCGGGCUCGGAGGUCACCAGCUGUCGGUGGCUCUGGCCGCUACGGUCAUCGCUCCGACGUCUACCGUCCCCGAUCCGCGUCACGCUCUCGAUCACCCGCAGCUAGUGGCUCUCGCCGGUACCGGUCCCGGUCGGCAUCUUACACAUCGAGAUCGCCAUCGCGAACGCCUGCCGGCCGCGGAGGUCGAGAUCACAGGGGAGGCCGCAGUCACGGUAGGCGGAGAAGCCCCAGCCGCGAUAGCUAUGAAAGUUACGACCGGCGGAGCAGAUCCCGUAGUCGCAGCCGGGAUAGGAGAUGAAAGCGACGGGGAGAAUCAGAUCAUGUGGAGGCUUUCGGAAACGGUUGGCGUUUGGGUUGAAUGGUCGGGUCACAAAAGAAUGGACAAUGGGAAAAGGAGCAGGUGGCUUUCCUGGCACGUGUGUUUCAGCAUCCGGCGUUGCUAGGCUAAUGGGUUCUAGACGAACGGAUGAUCUUGUCACCAAGCUAGCCAGCAAUCGUCAAACCCCCAAUGGUUACUCAGGUUCUCGGAAAGCUUUGUAGCUCCAAGUCGACACAUUUUUAGUAAGAGCUUUGG